GGAGCGUAAGCCGUUUCAUUUUUAGUUUCUACUUUCCGUUUUUUUUUAUUCUUAUCAGCUCCAAACAUUUUAUUUGUUAAAUAGUUUUAUCUUUUGCAUUACCUUAGUUUCUUGUUGCUACCCACUUCUUAUCUUCGUGCUAUAUUAUUAACUUUUUUUUAAACCAUGUCUGGUACGUCGGACGACGUGGGUAGAGAUAUGGAGAUUGAAUUAGCGCAACUUGAAGCAAAACGUAGUUCAAUAAAAGGACAAACUACAAAAAUUGAAAAGUUUUUGAAGUCUUUCGAUGAUAGUGAGGCAGUUGAUGCUGUCGGGUUUAAUAAAUUAACUCUAAAACUACAUAAGUGUAUGGAGCUGAUACAGAAAUUUGAGACGCUGCAGAGUCGCAUAGAGGUUCUGAAUAGUGGAAAACUCGAAGAAGAACUCACAACACGAGACACUAUGGAAGAAAAUCUCCAUAAUUGUAUUGCAACCGUUCAAUUUUUACUUGAAAAACAUAAGCUAAAGUCGAGCUCUGGGGCUGAUAAUACAAAUUCUUCCACUAUCACUCAUCACUCGCAUUGCCGCGAUACCAUAGUUGGUUUUAACUUGCCUCAAAUUAAAAUAAAUAAAUUUGAUGGAACAUUUUAUAAAUGGCUUGAGUUCCGUGAUACAUAUGAAUCAUUGAUACACGAUAACAUUAGUUUGAAGCCCAUUCACAAGUUCCAUUACCUUUGCUCUUAUUUAGAAGGUGAAGCGGCGCGAGUUAUUAGUAACUUGGAAAUAUCAGCGGCGAAUUAUUCCGAAGCUUGGACUCUUUUAUGCGAGAGGUAUAAUAAUAAGCGGCAACUUAUUUAUAAUCAUUUAAAUUCAUUAUUUAGUGUUGAUGCAAUCCAAAGAGAGUCUGACAAGUCACUGCGCUUUUUAGGUGAUCACAUCACUAAAAAUUUGCGCGCUUUGAAAACACUAGGCCAGCCCACAGAGCAAUGGGACACCAUCAUUAUACAUCUUGCCACUACGAAACUAGAUUCAGUUACUAGUGUAAAAUGGGAGGAGUACCGAAACGGUCUGACAAGUGAAAUACCUACUUUGAAGGAUUUUAAAGAAUUCUUAAAGUCACUGGCAGAUGUUCUAGAGACCUUGUAUAGAUCUAAAAGGGACAAACAAGCUAGAACACCUUCUUCAUCUCAUUUCAAACAAAAUAAUCAUCAUUCACAUCAUAAACAAGAUUUUCAAACAAAGUCCUUCGUAAUUUCAGCUAACAACGGCAGGCAGCUGCGUCCGUGCGUCAUUUGCCAGGGAAAACAUCGUAUCUUCGAUUGCAACGCGUUCAAGGCCCUGACAACUGAAGAGAAAUGGGCACAGGUCCCUGAUGUCGCUACCGUCUCCAGAGCUAAUUGACAUCAAUCCAAGAAGACUAAACAGAUAUGAAGUAUUGGAACAAAUGAGACAACACUUCUGGAAAAGAUGGCAGUCAGAAUAUGUUACUGAACUCCAGCAUCGUUGCAAAUGGAAAACCCGGUGCAGAGAUUUGAAAGAAGGAGAGCUAGUGAUAAUUAAAGAUGACAAUGUGCCUCCACUAUUAUGGCGACUUGGAAGAGUUCAAAAACUUUACCCAGGCGCAGACGGAGUGCCGCGAGUUGCUGAUAUAAAGACAUCAAGAGGAGUCAUCAGACGCGCACUCAAUCGUAUAUCCCUUCUUCUAGACGACAAUGCUUGAAAGCAGCGCUUUCAAGGGCCCCCAGUAUGUUCGCGCGCGUAAUAAGGAAUGCGCGAGCGGCGACGGCGGCGGCUGAGGCGCGGGAGGCAGGCUCCGCGCAGGCGACGGCGGCGCGGCGGCUGAGGCGCGGGCGCCGGGGCGACCGCCGCCACACACACUACCUUGCUACCUUAACCGAACGGACGCGUUGCGCGCAAUCUCGCUGUUUUGUCGGGAAUUUGUAUUUAAUUUCAUAAUCACGAACAUUAUAAGUAAUAAUCACCAGUAUUUCUUUUAUUUUAUGUCCCACAA